GUGAACAAGGUUCCCAUAUACUGCCAAAACAUGUCCACUGUGUUGGAAAACAUCAGCUCCAUCAUUGAUAUUUUCCACCAGUACUCAAAAAAAGAUAAGGACACUGAAACAUUGAGCAAAAAAGAGCUGAAGGAACUUCUGGAAACGCAAUUUCGGCCAAUCCUGAAGAAUCCAGAUGACCCAGAUAUUGCUGAUGUCUUCAUGCAUAUCCUGGAUAUAGACCACAACAAGAAAAUAGACUUCACAGAGUUCUUUCUGAUGGUAUUCAAGUUGGCUCAAGCAUAUUACCAGUCUGCCAAGAGGCAGAAAAUCCACACAUCAGGGCCAAAGCACAAAAAGCACAGUCAUCAUUAUGAAGAAGAAGGAGAUGAAACAGAAGAAGGUGAGGAGAAAGAUGAAAGAAAAAGAACAUCGAGGACGUCAAGAAGAAGUGAUGAAGAAAGCAACAAAGUAAGAUCUAAGAGCCCAAGAGGCAGAGGGAAAACUGCACUUGAGCCGUAUACUGAAGAUGAAGAAACAAAACAUGAUUCAUCAACCCAUAGACACAGAGAAGGUGGUAAGAAAAAGCAUCAAGACUUAAAUAGAAAAGAGAAAAAGAGGUCGAAUUCCACUGAAAAAAGAGAGAGACGGCACAACAUACAUGGUACACUUCCAAAGAGAGACGAGGAAGAAGAAGGUGAAUUUAAUUAUGCAACUACAGGACAAGUGAUAGAAGAAUGGAAAGAAUUAGGCUACAGUGAUUCAUAUUACACAAGAGAAGAAGCUGCCUCCAUUACAAAUGACAUUCAUAGGAGGGAAAAUGAAGGAAGAAAUCGAACAAGGUCUGAGGUUCAAGAGGAAUCCACUCAAAGAGACAGUUUCAGACACGCACAGUCUGAGCAGGGUCAAGGAUCCCGGUCCACAAGAGGCAGAAACCAGGGAUCCAGGGUCAGUCAGGACAGUGAGAAUGAAGGACACUCAGAAGACUCAGAGAGACAGUCUGGGUCUGAUGCCAGAAACCACUCUGCAUCCGCCCGUGGCCAGUCACAGGAUGGCUCUAGACACUCUAGGUCUCAACAACGGGACAGAGCCAAUCGCGGACAUCAUGGAGAGUCCGUAGACAGCUCCAGACAAUCCGGCUCUCGUCACGGAGAGCCUUCCUCUCGCGGAGAGGCUGAGUCUUCCCGUGAGCACUCAAGAUCAAGUGCAAGAGGAAGACAAGAACCCCGCCACGAGCAGUCAGCAGACAGUGCCAGACACUCAGGGGCUGGACGUGGACAAUCAUCUCCCGCAUCCCGGGCAAGCAGACACCAGGUCUCCAGCCCUAGUGAGGCCAGUGAGACUGAAGGACAAUCAGAAGACUCAGACAGCCAGGCAGUGUCAGCCCACGGAAGGUCUGGGCCCAAUCAGCGGAACCCACAAGAGUCCUCACGUGGCCGGUCAGAGGAAAGGUCUAGACACUCAGGGUCUCUCCUGUACCAGGAACCCCCUCAUGAGGACUCUGAGUCCUCCCAUGGACAGCACGGAUCCGACACUAGAGGAAGACAAGGAUCCCGCCGCGAGCAGGCCCCAGACAGCUCCAGACACUCAGCGUCUCAUGAGGGUCAGGCAAGCGCUCGUGGGCAUUCAGGAUCCGGCAGAGGAGGAAGGCAGGGGUCCCGUCGUGAGCAAUCGGCAGACAAUUCUGAACGCUCAGGGUCCCAGCACCGCCAGACAGCCUCCCAGGGAGUGUCCGGUUCUUCCCAUGGUCAGGCAGGUUCCAGAAGUGCGAACAGACAAAGAUAUGGCCAGGAACACCCAGGAGACAGUGCUAGGCGGUCAGGGUCUCGCCACCAAGACACAUCCCCCAACACCGGCAGCUCUAGAAACUCACAGUCCGGGCAGGGUGGAACAUAUGGGUCCAGGGCAAACAGACACCGGGGAUCCAGUGUCAGUCAGGACAGUGAGAAUGAAGGACACUCAGAAGACUCAGAGAGACAGUCUGGGUCUGAUGCCAGAAACCACUCUGCAUCCGCCCGUGGCCAGUCACGGGAUGGCUCUAGACACUCUGGGUCUCAACAACGGGACAGAGCCAAUCGCGGACAUCAUGGAGAGUCCGUAGACGGCUCCAGACAAUCCGGCUCUCGUCACGGAGAGCCUUCCUCUCGCGGAGAGGCUGAGUCUUCCCGUGAGCACUCAAGAUCAAGUGCAAGAGGAAGACAAGAACCCCGCCACGAGCAGUCAGCAGACAGUGCCAGACACUCAGGGGCUGGACGUGGACAAUCAUCUCCCGCAUCCCGGGCAAGCAGACACCAGGUCUCCAGCCCUAGUGAGGCCAGUGAGACUGAAGGACAAUCAGAAGACUCAGACAGCCAGGCAGUGUCAGCCCACGGAAGGUCUGGGCCCAAUCAGCGGAACCCACAAGAGUCCUCACGUGGCCGGUCAGAGGAAAGGUCUAGACACUCAGGGUCUCUCCUGUACCAGGAACCCCCUCAUGAGGACUCUGAGUCCUCCCAUGGACAGCACGGAUCCGACACUAGAGGAAGACAAGGAUCCCGCCGCGAGCAGGCCCCAGACAGCUCCAGACACUCAGCGUCUCAUGAGGGUCAGGCAAGCGCUCGUGGGCAUUCAGGAUCCGGCAGAGGAGGAAGGCAGGGGUCCCGUCGUGAGCAAUCGGCAGACAAUUCUGAACGCUCAGGGUCCCAGCACCGCCAGACAGCCUCCCAGGGAGUGUCCGGUUCUUCCCAUGGUCAGGCAGGUUCCAGAAGUGCGAACAGACAAAGAUAUGGCCAGGAACACCCAGGAGACAGUGCUAGGCGGUCAGGGUCUCGCCACCAAGACACAUCCCCCAACACCGGCAGCUCUAGAAACUCACAGUCCGGGCAGGGUGGAACAUAUGGGUCCAGGGCAAACAGACACCGGGGAUCCAGUGUCAGUCAGGACAGUGAGAAUGAAGGACACUCAGAAGACUCAGAGAGACAGUCUGGGUCUGAUGCCAGAAACCACUCUGCAUCCGCCCGUGGCCAGUCACGGGAUGGCUCUAGACACUCUGGGUCUCAACAACGGGACAGAGCCAAUCGCGGACAUCAUGGAGAGUCCGUAGACGGCUCCAGACAAUCCGGCUCUCGUCACGGAGAGCCUUCCUCUCGCGGAGAGGCUGAGUCUUCCCGUGAGCACUCAAGAUCAAGUGCAAGAGGAAGACAAGAAUCCCGCCACGAGCAGUCAGCAGACAGUGCCAGACACUCAGGGGCUGGACGUGGACAAUCAUCUCCCGCAUCCCGGGCAAGCAGACACCAGGUCUCCAGCCCUAGUGAGGCCAGUGAGACUGAAGGACAAUCAGAAGACUCAGACAGCCAGGCAGUGUCAGCCCACGGAAGGUCUGGGCCCAAUCAGCGGAACCCACAAGAGUCCUCACGUGGCCGGUCAGAGGAAAGGUCUAGACACUCAGGGUCUCUCCUGUACCAGGAACCCCCUCAUGAGGACUCUGAGUCCUCCCAUGGACAGCACGGAUCCGACACUAGAGGAAGACAAGGAUCCCGCCGCGAGCAGGCCCCAGACAGCUUCAGACACUCAGCGUCUCAUGAGGGUCAGGCAAGCGCUCGUGGGCAUUCAGGAUCCGGCAGAGGAGGAAGGCAGGGGUCCCGUCGUGAGCAAUCGGCAGACAAUUCUGAACGCUCAGGGUCCCAGCACCGCCAGACAGCCUCCCAGGGAGUGUCCGGUUCUUCCCAUGGUCAGGCAGGUUCCAGAAGUGCGAACAGACAAAGAUAUGGCCAGGAACACCCAGGAGACAGUGCUAGGCGGUCAGGGUCUCGCCACCAAGACACAUCCCCCAACACCGGCAGCUCUAGAAACUCACAGUCCGGGCAGGGUGGAACAUAUGGGUCCAGGGCAAACAGACACCGGGGAUCCAGUGUCAGUCAGGACAGUGAGAGUGAAGGACACUCAGAAGACUCAGAGAGACAGUCUGGGUCUGAUGCCAGAAACCACUCUGCAUCCGCCCGUGGCCAGUCACGGGAUGGCUCUAGACACUCUGGGUCUCAACAACGGGACAGAGCCAAUCGCGGACAUCAUGGAGAGUCCGUAGACGGCUCCAGACAAUCCGGCUCUCGUCACGGAGAGCCUUCCUCUCGCGGAGAGGCUGAGUCUUCCCGUGAGCACUCAAGAUCAAGUGCAAGAGGAAGACAAGAAUCCCGCCACGAGCAGUCAGCAGACAGUGCCAGACACUCAGGGGCUGGACGUGGACAAUCAUCUCCCGCAUCCCGGGCAAGCAGACACCAGGUCUCCAGCCCUAGUGAGGCCAGUGAGACUGAAGGACAAUCAGAAGACUCAGACAGCCAGGCAGUGUCAGCCCACGGAAGGUCUGGGCCCAAUCAGCGGAACCCACAAGAGUCCUCACGUGGCCGGUCAGAGGAAAGGUCUAGACACUCAGGGUCUCUCCUGUACCAGGAACCCCCUCAUGAGGACUCUGAGUCCUCCCAUGGACAGCACGGAUCCGACACUAGAGGAAGACAAGGAUCCCGCCGCGAGCAGGCCCCAGACAGCUCCAGACACUCAGCGUCUCAUGAGGGUCAGGCAAGCGCUCGUGGGCAUUCAGGAUCCAGCAGAGGAGGAAGGCAGGGGUCCCGUCGUGAGCAAUCGGCAGACAAUUCUGAACGCUCAGGGUCCCAGCACCGCCAGACAGCCUCCCAGGGAGUGUCCGGUUCUUCCCAUGGUCAGGCAGGUUCCAGAAGUGCGAACAGACAAAGAUAUGGCCAGGAACACCCAGGAGACAGUGCUAGGCGGUCAGGGUCUCGCCACCAAGACACAUCCCCCAACACCGGCAGCUCUAGAAACUCACAGUCCGGGCAGGGUGGAACAUAUGGGUCCAGGGCAAACAGACACCGGGGAUCCAGUGUCAGUCAGGACAGUGAGAAUGAAGGACACUCAGAAGACUCAGAGAGACAGUCUGGGUCUGAUGCCAGAAACCACUCUGCAUCCGCCCGUGGCCAGUCACGGGAUGGCUCUAGACACUCUGGGUCUCAACAACGGGACAGAGCCAAUCGCGGACAUCAUGGAGAGUCCGUAGACAGCUCCAGACAAUCCGGCUCUCGUCACGGAGAGCCUUCCUCUCGCGGAGAGGCUGAGUCUUCCCGUGAGCACUCAAGAUCAAGUGCAAGAGGAAGACAAGAACCCCGCCACGAGCAGUCAGCAGACAGUGCCAGACACUCAGGGGCUGGACGUGGACAAUCAUCUCCCGCAUCCCGGGCAAGCAGACACCAGGUCUCCAGCCCUAGUGAGGCCAGUGAGACUGAAGGACAAUCAGAAGACUCAGACAGCCAGGCAGUGUCAGCCCACGGAAGGUCUGGGCCCAAUCAGCGGAACCCACAAGAGUCCUCACGUGGCCGGUCAGAGGAAAGGUCUAGACACUCAGGGUCUCUCCUGUACCAGGAACCCCCUCAUGAGGACUCUGAGUCCUCCCAUGGACAGCACGGAUCCGACACUAGAGGAAGACAAGGAUCCCACCGCGAGCAGGCCCCAGACAGCUCCAGACACUCAGCGUCUCAUGAGGGUCAGGCAAGCGCUCGUGGGCAUUCAGGAUCCGGCAGAGGAGGAAGGCAGGGGUCCCGUCGUGAGCAAUCGGCAGACAAUUCUGAACGCUCAGGGUCCCAGCACCGCCAGACAGCCUCCCAGGGAGUGUCCGGUUCUUCCCAUGGUCAGGCAGGUUCCAGAAGUGCGAACAGACAAAGAUAUGGCCAGGAACACCCAGGAGACAGUGCUAGGCGGUCAGGGUCUCGCCACCAAGACACAUCCCCCAACACCGGCAGCUCUAGAAACUCACAGUCCGGGCAGGGUGGAACAUAUGGGUCCAGGGCAAACAGACACCGGGGAUCCAGUGUCAGUCAGGACAGUGAGAGUGAAGGACACUCAGAAGACUCAGAGAGACAGUCUGGGUCUGAUGCCAGAAACCACUCUGCAUCCGCCCGUGGCCAGUCACGGGAUGGCUCUAGACACUCUGGGUCUCAACAACGGGACAGAGCCAAUCGCGGACAUCAUGGAGAGUCCGUAGACGGCUCCAGACAAUCCGGCUCUCGUCACGGAGAGCCUUCCUCUCGCGGAGAGGCUGAGUCUUCCCGUGAGCACUCAAGAUCAAGUGCAAGAGGAAGACAAGAAUCCCGCCACGAGCAGUCAGCAGACAGUGCCAGACACUCAGGGGCUGGACGUGGACAAUCAUCUCCCGCAUCCCGGGCAAGCAGACACCAGGUCUCCAGCCCUAGUGAGGCCAGUGAGACUGAAGGACAAUCAGAAGACUCAGACAGCCAGGCAGUGUCAGCCCACGGAAGGUCUGGGCCCAAUCAGCGGAACCCACAAGAGUCCUCACGUGGCCGGUCAGAGGAAAGGUCUAGACACUCAGGGUCUCUCCUGUACCAGGAACCCCCUCAUGAGGACUCUGAGUCCUCCCAUGGACAGCACGGAUCCGACACUAGAGGAAGACAAGGAUCCCGCCGCGAGCAGGCCCCAGACAGCUCCAGACACUCAGCGUCUCAUGAGGGUCAGGCAAGCGCUCGUGGGCAUUCAGGAUCCGGCAGAGGAGGAAGGCAGGGGUCCCGUCGUGAGCAAUCGGCAGACAAUUCUGAACGCUCAGGGUCCCAGCACCGCCAGACAGCCUCCCAGGGAGUGUCCGGUUCUUCCCAUGGUCAGGCAGGUUCCAGAAGUGCGAACAGACAAAGAUAUGGCCAGGAACACCCAGGAGACAGUGCUAGGCGGUCAGGGUCUCGCCACCAAGACACAUCCCCCAACACCGGCAGCUCUAGAAACUCACAGUCCGGGCAGGGUGGAACAUAUGGGUCCAGGGCAAACAGACACCGGGGAUCCAGUGUCAGUCAGGACAGUGAGAAUGAAGGACACUCAGAAGACUCAGAGAGACAGUCUGGGUCUGAUGCCAGAAACCACUCUGCAUCCGCCCGUGGCCAGUCACGGGAUGGCUCUAGACACUCUGGGUCUCAACAACGGGACAGAGCCAAUCGCGGACAUCAUGGAGAGUCCGUAGACAGCUCCAGACAAUCCGGCUCUCGUCACGGAGAGCCUUCCUCUCGCGGAGAGGCUGAGUCUUCCCGUGAGCACUCAAGAUCAAGUGCAAGAGGAAGACAAGAAUCCCGCCACGAGCAGUCAGCAGACAGUGCCAGACACUCAGGGGCUGGACGUGGACAAUCAUCUCCCGCAUCCCGGGCAAGCAGACACCAGGUCUCCAGCCCUAGUGAGGCCAGUGAGACUGAAGGACAAUCAGAAGACUCAGACAGCCAGGCAGUGUCAGCCCACGGAAGGUCUGGGCCCAAUCAGCGGAACCCACAAGAGUCCUCACGUGGCCGGUCAGAGGAAAGGUCUAGACACUCAGGGUCUCUCCUGUACCAGGAACCCCCUCAUGAGGACUCUGAGUCCUCCCAUGGACAGCACGGAUCCGACACUAGAGGAAGACAAGGAUCCCGCCGCGAGCAGGCCCCAGACAGCUCUAGACACUCAGCGUCUCAUGAGGGUCAGGCAAGCGCUCGUGGGCAUUCAGGAUCUGGCAGAGGAGGAAGGCAGGGGUCCCGUCGUGAGCAAUCGGCAGACAAUUCUGAACGCUCAGGGUCCCAGCACCGCCAGACAGCCUCCCAGGGAGUGUCCGGUUCUUCCCAUGGUCAGGCAGGUUCCAGAAGUGCGAACAGACAAAGAUAUGGCCAGGAACACCCAGGAGACAGUGCUAGGCGGUCAGGGUCUCGCCACCAAGACACAUCCCCCAACACCGGCAGCUCUAGAAACUCACAGUCCGGGCAGGGUGGAACAUAUGGGUCCAGGGCAAACAGACACCGGGGAUCCAGUGUCAGUCAGGACAGUGAGAAUGAAGGACACUCAGAAGACUCAGAGAGACAGUCUGGGUCUGAUGCCAGAAACCACUCUGCAUCCGCCCGUGGCCAGUCACGGGAUGGCUCUAGACACUCUGGGUCUCAACAACGGGACAGAGCCAAUCGCGGACAUCAUGGAGAGUCCGUAGACGGCUCCAGACAAUCCAGCUCGCGUCACGGAGAGCCUUCCUCUCGCGGAGAGGCUGAGUCUUCCCGUGAGCACUCAAGAUCAAGUGCAAGAGGAAGACAAGAACCCCGCCACGAGCAGUCAGCAGACAGUGCCAGACACUCAGGGGCUGGACGUGGACAAUCAUCUCCCGCAUCCCGGGCAAGCAGACACCAGGUCUCCAGCCCUAGUGAGGCCAGUGAGACUGAAGGACAAUCAGAAGACUCAGACAGCCAGGCAGUGUCAGCCCACGGAAGGUCUGGGCCCAAUCAGCGGAACCCACAAGAGUCCUCACGUGGCCGGUCAGAGGAAAGGUCUAGACACUCAGGGUCUCUCCUGUACCAGGAACCCCCUCAUGAGGACUCUGAGUCCUCCCAUGGACAGCACGGAUCCGACACUAGAGGAAGACAAGGAUCCCGCCGCGAGCAGGCCCCAGACAGCUCCAGACACUCAGCGUCUCAUGAGGGUCAGGCAAGCGCUCGUGGGCAUUCAGGAUCCGGCAGAGGAGGAAGGCAGGGGUCCCGUCGUGAGCAAUCGGCAGACAAUUCUGAACGCUCAGGGUCCCAGCACCGCCAGACAGCCUCCCAGGGAGUGUCCGGUUCUUCCCAUGGUCAGGCAGGUUCCAGAAGUGCGAACAGACAAAGAUAUGGCCAGGAACACCCAGGAGACAGUGCUAGGCGGUCAGGGUCUCGCCACCAAGACACAUCCCCCAACACCGGCAGCUCUAGAAACUCACAGUCCGGGCAGGGUGGAACAUAUGGGUCCAGGGCAAACAGACACCGGGGAUCCAGUGUCAGUCAGGACAGUGAGAGUGAAGGACACUCAGAAGACUCAGAGAGACAGUCUGGGUCUGAUGCCAGAAACCACUCUGCAUCCGCCCGUGGCCAGUCACGGGAUGGCUCUAGACACUCUGGGUCUCAACAACGGGACAGAGCCAAUCGCGGACAGUCUGAGUCUGCCCCUGAGUACUCUGACCAUCCUUCCAGUACAGAGCAUGGUCACUCUAAUUCUCCUUGUCAAGCAUCAGGUUAUAGUCCAAAAAUACAAUCACAUUAUGGUCAUUAUAAUUCUAGGCCUGAUGAUUUUCCGUAUGAGAGUAUUGAAAUGCCAAGGAAUGCAUCACGUUUAGGUUGGAGACAUGGCAGCUAUGGGAGUGCAGACUAUGAAUACGGGCUUUCAGGGUUUGGAAAAUCUCAGGAUGGACGUUUUCGUUACAAUUUCAAUUCUGUGGAUGUCAGGGAUCCAUCAUCAAAACACCUGGGAUUUGGUCAGUCACAAACAUACUAUUACUAUGAGUGA